CAGCCAUGGCCAACUGCACUGACGUGGACCAACUGAUAAAAAGCUAUUACCUGCCUGUUUCCUACACCAUCAUCUUCAUCGUGGGCCUGGUGGGCAACGUAACCUCCAUCGUCAUAUACCUGACAAAGCUGCGACCCUUGAAAAGCAGCAGCAUCAUUAUGGUGAACUUGGCACUGACCGACCUCCUCUACGUUCUCAGCAUGCCCUUCCUGGUCUACUACUACAGCAACAUGGAUGUGUGGACACUCGGCGACUUCAUGUGCCGCUUGGUGCGCUUUGGGUUUCAUUUUAACCUGUACGGGAGCAUCCUCUUCCUGACGUGUCUCGCAGUUUUCCGCUAUGUGGUGGUGAUCAAGCCUUUGAGGGCUGCACAAGUGCAGCAGAAGUUUUGGGGAAUAAUUGCGUGCUCAGUCGUCUGGGUUGUUGCCGCGGCUGAAAUUACACCCAUGUUGACAAUGAUAUCCUUGGGGCCGCAUGACAAUAAUACCUCCUGCCUGGACUUUGCAAGCACCGUGCCCGUUGACAACAUUCGGGUGUAUGGCUGGCUGCUCACUGCACUCGGAUUUCUACUCCCUCUAGCGGUGGUAUUCAUGUGUUACAUUGGAAUAGUGAAGGAGUUGGCGAAAGGGCCCUACACAGCCAGUCCAUGUCGGAUGCGAGCGCGGCGUGUGACCGUGCUAAUCCUCGUAGUGUUUGUGGUGUGUUUCCUGCCAUAUCACAUAUUGCGUGUGUUGCGGAUAGAAACUCGAAAGUACCAACCGACACCAUGCAUGGUUGAGCACAUCGUGCAUGCAGCAUAUAUUAUCUCCAGGCCUCUGGCUGGAUUCAACACGUUUUUUAACUUGGCUCUGUACACUCUUUCAGGUGACAAGUUCAGGACAGCCUUCCUUAGCACUUUUUACUGGAAAUGCUGGGUGACGAAGGUGAGGUCGCUGCUCCAUCUGGCCGUUAUCAGCAAGGCAGGCAGGGACAUGCCUGCUGCCUGACUGACAACUGCCCAACACCUUUUUUUUUUUUUUAUCUC